CUUACUCUCUACUCUCUUUACCCCUGGAGAAACGUGGUCAAUCAAGGCCAUGUCCCCAUCGGGCUUAGUGCCGUCUAAUAUUGGCGGCCCUUCUUUUUUCAACGAAUUGUCCUUUUCCCAAUUGCGAGCUUCUCUCCACCAGACACGUUUUCACCCGUUUUCUGGGAUUCAGUAUCAUUUUAAUUGUAUUCUUAUCUUGUUCGACACUUCUUAUAUCUCUUGGAUCGAUCAAGAGAAAUACUGUUGUUCUGCUCGGGUAGUGAAGCGGACAAUUUCGAGAUUUGGCGGGGUACGCGCAAUCCCCCUAUUCCGACAAAUCGAUAUCAGGGGAUUUCCAAUUUAGUGUCGAAAAGGCUACACGACUUGACUUGACGCCUUCUCACGAACGCGCUUCUGCUUCGCUUCCCUUCUGAACGCGAUACACUAAUUGAUCACUACAACAUUCAAUCAUGUACAACAUAUCUUCGCUGUCAGCGCUGCUGCUCGCGCUCCUCAGCAUCGUCUCAGCUUACCGACCAGUCCAAUUCGUCAAGCACACCGGCGAAUCCGGCCGCGCGGACCAGGCAUUCAGCUUGGUAAAUUACUACAAUGAAACCACACAGCAAUCAGAUCUGUACGUCCGCAUGUGGGCAUUCCGCUAUGCGUCCAGCGCCAAAGGAUGGGCGUCUCUAGCGUUAGGCCCCCAAAUGAAAGGCGCGUUGAUGUUCAUCACGUACGGCGACCCAGCAAGCAACACGCUUACCCUGACCGUACGCACUGUCGAUGGCCACCAUCCACCACGACCCAUCCCAGAAAUGAAGGAUUUCUACUCCGGCGAAGUGCCGACUGUCGACGUCGUCUCGACCCGCUUCGAGGAGUACACCGGGCAAUUCUACCAAGAGAAACUCCAGGCGAAGCCCUCACACCUUGGUGUCGCCGAGUUCAUCGUCAGAGGCUACGACAAGUGGACGGCCUGCGAGUUGGGCGUGCACAACGACACGACGAAACAGUCCAUGAUCUGGAGCAGUAACUUCAAACAAGAUUUCGGCAGCGACUUUUCGGCCGAGCGUGGCAUCGACAUGCAUCAAUUCGGACUAGGGUUUGGAUUUCUCUGGGCUGAUCUUAAAAACGCAUUGUCUCCUGUGGCAUUCUUCGGUCCUAUUAACGAUAUGGAAAGCCACAAGGGUGUCAAUGAGAUUGGAGACCCGCUCGUACCGACGACAGAGGAAUUGGACGCUGGAGAGAACCUCAUUUCGCAGCACAAGGAUGCCCUCGGUGGUGGAAGUACCAGCGAUAGCGACAAAUCAACAUCGGAUUCUGACAAGGAAGUCUCGGACGGUACCGACAAGUCUGGUGCCGACAACGGCUCCAAGGUUGAAGAGCCGGUCAAGACAGUCAAGCAAUUCAACAUCCGUUCAUUGAUGUGGCACAUCCACGGCUUCCUUAUGACCCUCUCCUUCUUGGUGCUGUACCCAUUGGGCGUCUACUUCUUGAGGUCUCCCCGGGCUACAGCCUUCAACCUCCACUGGACCAUCAACUCACUCUCCAGCGUAUCCGUGUCCGUCGGCGCUCUAAUCGGCUUCGUCAACAGCCGCUCCAUCUCCAUCUGGCAUCAGUACCUCGGCAUCCUGAUCAUUUGUGCUCUGGCCGUUCAAACGGUUCUCGGCUGGCGCCACCAUGUCAUCUACAUUUCUCCCCACGGCGGUCGACGAACCUGGAUGGGAGCCGUGCAUGUAUGGCUUGGAAGGGUGGUGUUGCCGAUGGCCAUGCUGAAUGUUGCGUCUGGACUCCUUUUGCGCCAAUACGGAUGGUUGACCGUUAGUUUGACUGUGGCGUUGGCGGCGGUCGAAUUGAUUGUUCUUACGUUGGUCGUUGGGCGUGCGAGGACAAGAAGGCCUGCUGCCACGCAAAAGGCUGUGCCGAUUGGCGCGGAUGAAGCGGAAGAGUAUUUCCAGCUGGCAGGCGAUGAUGAUGAUGAGUUUUCGGAUAGUGAUGCUGAGGGUGCCGCUGGGGAUGGAGAGCGUGUAAACAAAAACGCGGAACGUGAGGAGCAGGCUAAACGGUUGGCCAAGUUGGAUAAAGUCUGAUGCUGACCUGCUUGUUGGUGUUGUAUAUCAGAUUCCAUGUGGUCAAUGGAGGGUAUUAUAUGUGCUCUGUGCACAGGACGGUCUUUCGGGUACCUGGUAGAUACAGCUAUGUUUGCUGUGUGGAGUUGUGUGAUAUAGUUGUAGUGGACGAUUCUUCUUGCUGAUAAAUAGGGACGGUGUUAUGACUGUAAAUUCAUACUUGGUGGAAG